UUCACUUCACUCUUGUCUUGAAUUCAAUUGCAUGCCAUGGCCUUACGUUGUUCCUUGUCAAAAACACUGAUCCUGACCUGCACCUUAUGCUUAAUAUUUGUGCCUUUGGCACAUGGCAACGAUUUCUCCAUUGUAGGGUAUUCAACAGAGGACUUGAGGUCCAUGGACAAGCUCAUUGACCUCUUCGAGUCAUGGAUGUCGAAACACAGCAAGAUCUACGACUCCAUCGAGGAGAAGCUCCUUAGGUUCGAGGUUUUCAAGGACAAUCUGAAGCACAUUGACGAGAGGAACAAGGCUCUCACCAACUAUUGGCUGGGGCUGAAUGAGUUUGCUGAUUUGACGCACCAAGAAUUCAGAAACAAGUACCUUGGUCUCAAGAUUGAUCACUCCUCCGCAACAAGAAGAGACUCCUCACAAUUCGCAUACAGAGAUGUUGAUUUGCCUAAGUCAGUGGAUUGGAGAAAGAAAGGUGCUGUCACCCAAGUGAAGAAUCAAGGCUCAUGCGGUAGCUGCUGGGCGUUUUCCACUGUUGCCGCGGUUGAAGGAAUCAACCAGAUUGUGACAGGAAAUUUGACAUCCUUGUCUGAACAAGAGUUGAUCGAUUGUGACACAACUUAUAACAAUGGUUGCAAUGGUGGUCUCAUGGACUAUGCAUUCUCCUUCAUUGUACAAAAUGGUGGUCUCCACAAAGAGGAAGACUAUCCUUACAUCAUGGAGGAAGGCACUUGCGACAUGAGAAAGGAAGAAUCUGAGGUUGUCACCAUCACCGGCUACCACGACGUGCCGCAGAACGACGAACAGAGCCUACUGAAGGCACUUGCAAACCAGCCCCUCAGUGUUGCCAUAGAGGCUUCAGGAAGAGAUUUCCAGUUCUAUAGUGGGGGUGUGUUCGAUGGACACUGCGGAACAGAACUUGAUCAUGGUGUGGCUGCUGUUGGUUACGGAACAUCAAAAGGGUUGGAUUAUAUCGUAGUCAAGAAUUCAUGGGGACCAAAGUGGGGGGAGAAAGGAUACAUUAGGAUGAGGAGAAACAUUGGAAAGCCUGAGGGUAUUUGUGGUCUCUACAAGAUGGCAUCUUAUCCCACUAAGAAGAAAUAAUAACACUCCCAUGUCUUGCAACUUUGAUUCUCUUCUUUGUGUUGUUCUCUCUUUCAUUAUUCAAUGUCACUUCUUCUCCCUUCAAGCAAUGUACCCACUUCUCAUAAUAAUCUUAAGUGAUUUCAUAUACUUUUCCCAUUAUUAUCCUUGAAUAAUGGACAUCCAUUCCCCCA